UUUUUUUUUAAAGUCUUCUUUUUGAAAAUAAAGAAAGAGAGAUAUAAGGUCUUCUAAGAAGCAUACGUUAUUACUUUUGCUAAAGAACGGACACAACUAGCAUAUACUUUGAGCAUUCUUUUUCAUAUUACUCUUAGCAUUGAACAGCUUUCAGCAAUGGAGAUUGGCUUAGCAGUUGGAGGUGCAUUUCUAUCUUCAGCUUUGAAUGUUCUCUUUGAAAGGCUUGCUCCUCAGGGUGAGUUGCUGAAGAUAUUUCAAAGGGGCAAGCAUGAUGUUGGACUGUUAAAGAAGCUGAGGCUGACUUUGCUUGGUCUUCAAGCUGUGCUAAGUGAUGCAGAGAAUAAGCAGACAUCAAAUCGAUACGUCAACCAGUGGCUUAAUGAACUUCGGGAUGCUGUGGACAGUGCUGAAAACUUAAUGGAAGAAAUCAAUUAUGAAGUUCUGAGAGUUAAGGUGGAAGGUCAGCAUCAAAAUCAUGCAGAAGUAAGCAACCAACAGGUAAGUGGCCUCAACUUGUGCUUGAGUGAUGGAUUUUUUGUUAACAUAAAGGAGAAGUUGGAAGGCACCACUAAAACGUUGGAGGAGUUGGAAAAGCAAAUUGGUAGGCUUGGCCUAAAGGAAUAUCUUGCUUCUGGUAAACAAGAAACUAGAGUGCCUUCAACAUCUUUGGUUAAUGAUUCUGAUAUCUUUGGUAGGCAGAAUGAAAUAGAGUUUUUGGUUGACAGUUUAUUGUCUGUUGAUGCCGAUGGAAAAACAUAUAGUGUAAUUCCUAUUGUUGGAAUGGCAGGGGUUGGCAAGACAACACUUGCUAAAGCUGUGUACAAUAAUGAGAAGGUGAAAGACCAUUUCAAUUUGACAGCUUGGUUCUGUGUGUCUGAACCAUAUGAUGCUUCUAGGAUAACAAAAGGAUUACUUGAAGAAAUUGGUUCAUCCAACUUGAUGCUUGAUAACAAUUUUAAUCAACUUCAAAUCAAAUUGAAGGAAAGCUUAAAAGGGAAAAAGUUUCUUAUUGUUUUAGAUGAUGUUUGGAAUGACAACUACCUCGAGUGGGUUGAGUUGAUAAAUCCUUUUGCACAAGGAGAAAUUGGAAGUAAGAUCAUUGUGACGACACGUAAGAAAAGUGUUGCCAUGACAAUGGGUAAUGAGCAAAUUAGCAUGGAUACUUUGUCUAGUGAUGUCUCUUGGUCUUUAUUCGAAAGACAUGCAUUUGACAACAUGGAUCCUAAGGAACAUCUAGGACAUGUAGAAGUCGGGAAACAAAUCGCAGCUAAGUGCAAAGGUUUGCCCUUAGCACUAAAGACAAUUGCUGGUUUGUUACGGUCCAAAUCAGAGAUUGAAGAGUGGAGACGAAUUUUGACAAGUGAAAUAUGGGAGCUGCCAGACAAUGGAAUAUUACCCACGUUGAUGUUGAGCUACAAUGAUCUUCCCGUUCAUUUGAAGCAAUGCUUUUCCUAUUGUGCAAUAUUUCCCAAAGAUUAUCCAUUCAACAAAGAACAAGUUAUUCAACUCUGGAUUGCUAAUGGUCUCGUGCAACGGUUGCAAAAAGAUAAAAUAAUUGAAGAUUCGGGCAACCAAUACUUUCUCGAGUUGCGAUCAAGAUCAUUGUUUGAAAGGGUCCCAAGUUCUUUUCAAGGGGGCACUGAGAAAUUCUUAAUGCAUGACCUUGUCAAUGAUUUGGCCCAAGUUACAUCUUCAAGACUUUGCAUCAAUUUGGAAGAUAACAAAGGAUCUGAUAUGGUGGGAAGAUGUCGACACCUAUCAUAUUCAGGGGGAUAUAAUGGUGACUUUGAAAAGUUGAAACCUCUCUACAAAUUGGAGCAGCUGAGGACAUUGCUUCCAAUCAACGACAACUAUCAUCUGUUGGGAAUAAACCCCUUACCAAAAUAAUAUUCACGGUAAUAAAGCGGAAUAAUAAUGUAGCACCGAGAUACGGUAAUUAACAAGAA